GCACCACCUGAACACACGGCCGUUAACUUAACCAUCCCCUUUCUUUCGCUCCCCACUUCAUUCACACACAAAACACACAACAAAGUGCUUUCGGGAACGGGAAAACCACACCCUUUUUUACACCACAAAAUUAAAACAAGUUGCUGCUGGUGCUAUUGCUAAUAAUUGUCUAAAUCUCACUGCCCACAUUCAUCGGAUGUUCCUUGAAUAAUUAGUAUGGAGCCCGGAUAUUGGACCGACGCCACGUCCGUGGAUGGUUUAUCUACUUGCUCAGAUUUGGAUGAUCUGACGUCCGUCACAAAUAGUAAAGGAACAAACCCUUUGACACCGUCCACAACUUCAUCCACACCGGUCAACCCCAAAUGUGUGUACGCGUAUCCCACAACUGCCUACUGGUUUGGCAAACGGCCUGGUUCAGAUUUGUGCAAAGCACUUAAGACUUUGGGAGUUGAAUUCGUCGUCGUCGAGAAUGAGGAAGAUGAGGCCAACUCGAUUACGUCCAAAAUCGAUCCCACUUCGGCCAUCCUUAUCUUUCAGGACUUUUGCGGACCCUUAUUUGAGUCAUUAAGGACCAAGAGGUCACCUCGUCUUAGAAUUUACGGACCUCCAAUCAUACUCGAAUUGGCGAAUAUUGCUGCUGCCAGUGCCAGUUUGGAGGGAGCAGGCAAACCUAUCUUCCCACUAUCACAGACUGGGUAUCCCCUGUAUUCGAGACUACUCAGAAAUUGUAAAAUAUGUGCGACCGGGAUUCGUGCAAUGGAUGAUCUGAUUAACAUUCGUCGAAGAGUCUUCUACUUGGACGGGAUCUUUUCUGAGCGAGAAUGUCCUAUGACUCACCUUGUAGCUGGGAGAUGUCGAGGAAUCAAGUACAGGGACGCGGUCGCUCUGGACAAACCCAUUCUCAGGCGUGAGUGGAUCGACUUUCUCUGGGAGAAUAGAGACAGUUCAGAUUUUGACAUUCGAAAGGAUAAGGGGGGGACACUGGAGCGCUUCAAAGUUCGUGCGUUUUAUGGUGCGAGGAUAGCUCUGGAUGGAUUUGAACCUGGGGAAAACGCAGGAAUGGUGAAACUCAUUGAAGAAAAUGAGGGCGUUUACGUAAAUUCUAACGAUCCCACGACCACUCACAUUGUGAAAAAUUCAGUAGUGUUGCCGCCAACACGUUUGGGUCUGAGCAAUAGCACAAGUCUGUUAUCACCAGCAGUGAGAGGAGGUGGAACCAGUGAGGAUUUCACCAACAGCAGACUGCCCUCGACCUCGGCGACAAGAAUGGAUGAUCCUGCCAAUGCUCAAAGUCCACUAAAAAGAGCCCGCUUCGAGCUUCCUGUAAUCAAUGACAUGAGCGAGACUGACGUUUCCGAGCAGCGAGAAUGGGCGGACCGAGCCAAAGUGUUAAAGGCGGAGUGGUUCUGGACAUCCAUCCAGAUUGAAGCCUGUGCCGAUGAGAAUUUGUAUCUUCUUAAUCGGGAGUUUAAUAGUGACGACACGCUGAACAACAGCGUCGGUACCCCCAACUCGUUCACGAGUCCGGCACUCCACUUUUCAGACACGGACGGUGGUGGGACGCCCGUCUCGCAGAGUUCUUCAGUGCCUCGAAGGAAAAGGAAGCGCCUUAUGCGAGAAUUUGUGAGCUCCUUGGCGCAAGUAGAAAGCCCUCAUUGCAUUAUGGAACUGGAUGAGGAGACGGUGGACUUGGACAAUUUGGUGAAAUCGCCGGAGCAGUCGAACGACAAUGUGGACGACACUGAACUUGCCGUUAUUUUAAAACGUAUCGAGAAAGGGCUCCAGUCUCCUGAGCUGAAAACCAAAAUGGAAUCUUUUACUGGCAAAGGAUUAAAGAGAUUAAAUGAAUUUGCUCACUUAGUGGAAACGGAGAAAAACUAUGUCACAAUUCUCAUGCACAUUAUCAAGUUGUUUAAAGGACCUUGUGAAGCGAAUGAUCAAAAGGCCGGCCGAAUACUGACACCCCUCGAAAUUAAGCACAUAUUUGGACCAAUUCUUCCCAUCUAUGAACUUCAUAAACGAAUAUUGAGAGAUAUGUUGCACAUUCUGGAAAACUAUUCUGACGACAGUUUGAUUGGGCAAAUUUAUGUGAAGAACGCUGAAGAAUUGCGCAAGUGUUAUGAGCCCUUUGUUGGAUACUUUGAAACGGUGAAGAAUGAGAUUAUUCGGUGCGAAACCGAAAAUCCUCGAUUCAUGGCUUUCUUGAGGAUAGCUCAAGCAAAACCACAAUGUGGUAAAGAAAAGUUGGUAGAGCUUAUAAUCCGUCCCGUUCAGCGACUACCAUCCACGGCUCUUGUACUCAAAAACUUGGAAAAAAACACGGAAAAGACGAAUCCAGAUUACGAGUGGAUCACCAAAGGUGUUGAAGCAAUUGACCGAGUGAAUCAAAAAAUAAAUCAACAGAAAGAGCGUGCCGACUCUAGAGUUGCCAUCUUUGACGUAUAUCACGACAUUGAAGGUUGCCCCGUCGAACUGAUUUCAGACCAUAGGACACUUUUGAAGAAAUACGACGUAAUUGCUCUCCAUUACGAUGCUAACGUCACUGUCACAGCCAACUACAAGAAUGAGCUACUUAGUCUGAUCGUAUUUUCUGACCACUUCCAAGUUGUGAAACGACGUAACCAUCUGGCUUCAGCAAAGAAUCAUCCCGGCUCAACACUUUCCAUCUCUAAUCUCCGGAGUCCAGCAAUGUCCAGAAAAUCUAUGAAAUUCACUUCUUCCUCGACGGGACAAAAACGAUACAAAUUUUUAGAGUGGGUUAGCUUCUGUCAUGUCAAGAAGGUGGUAAAUGUCCAUGACUCGGACCCACGAAGUUUUGCCUUUAUUGUGAGAGAGCCAGAGGAUUUACGAGAACGUGUCCUUCAGUUCAAUCUCCCAGAAGAUCUUGAGCUGGAAAAGUAUCACAAAAUGAGCGUUGUGGAAUUUUUUGCGAAGCAGGUGGCCCAGUCUGUACAAAGGGUGGAUUAUGAGCAUUUCAUCACCACGGUGGAUUCUGCAGCUUUAAACAAUACGGGAAACUCAAGUGGUGGAUUCAUUUCUAGGGGAAUUAAAAAGGUGGGACGAGCGCUUAGUCUGAGCAGAACACCAAGUAAGCUAAAGAGGACAAUGUCUCAAAUCAUGCAUAGCCCUUUCUCAACGAGGUCCUGUCACAAGGACAAAGAUCCAGACUCCGUGUCCCAGUCGGGUAGCGAAAACUCGGCAUUUACUCCGAUUCGUAAUCACUUAUCAUCCAUAAGUUUGUUUGGAACAAAGCGAGGAACGAUGACUAACGAUGGUCAGAUCACGCCCAAAACAAGAAAGACAAUUUUCGACAGCAAGGAUUCCAAAAGAAUAUUCCCUGCUAUUGAGGAGACUUGAAAACCUAGUAAACUUAUUAUUUUAUUUUUAGUUGUCAUCAUCACCCUUGUUUACAAACUACAUACUCAAACCUCCGUCGACCUUUCAUGCAAUGUUAUUUUUAUUUUGAUAUGCAGUAUUAUUUUAGGUAAAAGAAAUCUCAGACGGAUAAUGAUGAUGUGCUGUGAAGUAUUUUAUAAGGCCCUUAUUCUGUAAUGUCUCUUCCGUUCUUAUUAUUUGUAAUUCAGAUCCAGAAGAUUAAAGUCAUGUUGACCUUCUCAUUUAUUUUAUCAUGAAAAGAAAAAAAAUCUACACAUGAAGGCAAACAAAUAAGUAAAAGAUGGAUAAUUUGAAGAAAAAAAUAUUUUAACCCAACUACUCAUGCAUAAAUAGGAAUGUUGAGAUUGAGUCUGAAUAAUUAUUCUUACACCGACAAUCAUUGUUUUGUCGUUUCGAUAAAAAUAGGAAUAGUAAACGAUGAGCGAACAAAUAAUUACCUAAAACUCUUGGGAGAAAUUGCAUACCUGGCUAUACAAAUACCUCACAUUUGUACAGUUAUGGUUUGAACGCUUUGUAAGAAGACGAAUGCAAUUUUAUUACUGCAGCUAAACAUGUGUACAUUUGAGUAUUUUUACAAUAUCAAAUAAGCUUAGAUUUUAUACGUUUUACCCAUUUGUAAAUGCAUUAAUUUGUAGAUAAUGCAUAAUAAUAAUGAAAUAAUAAUAAAAUAUGAAGAGG